GGUACACAGGAAGUGAAGUAGUUCGUGUUUUGGUUGUGCGCAGAAAGAAGAAGUGGGAACCACAGAUGAGACGACAGAAGGACAACUCACGUUAGCUGCUCGAGUCUGGUCGAAGCCCGUUACCCUUUCCCCUCGCUCGAACCACGGGACCGGCGGGAGACCGGCGGGAGACACGGAGCAGAGCAUGACGUCUGUACGGAAACGACAAGGCAACGAGCCGCACCGGACCAGACCACAGAGCCCCCCCGGUGGCUUGAAGGACGAUGUGCCGCGGAAGAAGAGGCCGCACUUCCACUUGGACCUGUGGUUCUGUCUGACUCUGCAGAACUGGAUACUGGACUUCGGGAGGCCCAUUGUCAUGAUCGUCCUUCCUCUGGAAUGGUUUCCCCUGAACAAGCCCAGUGCUGGAGACUACUUCCACAUGGCCUACAAUGUCAUAACACCGUUCCUAAUGCUCAAGCUGAUCGAGCGCUGUCCCAGUGCGCCGCCUCGCUCGGCGGUCUACCUCUGCAUCAUCACCUUCGUCAUGGGAGCCAGCAUCCACCUGGUGGGAGACUCCAUCAACCACCGGCUCAUCCUGAGCGGCUACCAGCUCCACCUGUCCGUCAGAGACAACCCCAUCAUCAAGGACCUCAAACCCGCCUCACUGAUCGACUCCUUUGAGCUGCUGUACUACUACGACGAGCAGCUGGGACACCUGAUGUGGUAUAUUCCUUUCUUCAUCAUCCUGUUCAUCUACUUCACCGGCUGCUUCACCGAGGCAGAAGAACAGAAGAAGGUUCCCGUAUCUGGUUGGGUGUUGCUGGGACCCAGCGCGCUCUACUACUGGUACUUGGUCACCGAAGGACAAAUCACGGAACUUUUCCUCCUCACCUUCCUUGCCAUGGUUGCCACGGUGAUCCGUCAGCGCCGCAAAGGCCUCGGCCUGGACGGCAACGGCCUGUUCCUGUUCUGCAGUUUCAGUGCCACUCUGCUCCUGGUGGCGCUGUGGGUGGCGUUCCUGUGGAACGACCCCGUGCUACGCAACAAGUACCCCGGACUCGUUUAUGUGCCUGAGCCCUGGUCCUACUACACGUUACAUAUCAAGGAUAACCACUGACGCACACCAGAUUUCCUGCGACACAGACAACGGUUGCACUCGAUUGCCCAACAUUGUUGAUGUCAGGAGACAAACUCUCAAGCCGGCAGAACAUUGUACUGUUGCACGCAGACUUUAACAAGUUGGAACUGUGGUGUCGGGUGGAAAGUUGCCCUGUUUGCCUCACUUUUACUCAUGCAAUCAAAUCUGCCGUUCCCUGCUCAGAUGAGAGACAUUGACACGCGUGGUAGAGCAGGUCAGGACUGCCCAUCGUACGAUGAUGUGUUUUUAUCAACGUGUGUUAGUUUUUGUUUAGUAAUUGAAGAUUUAAAAACCAGGUUUGGGAUUAACAGCCAAAAAGGCUAAAGUGAGCUGUUCAAGUCGAGAGGAAACAAAUAGUUUGGGAUCAAACUAAUGUCCAUUUUUUUUAAAUUUUAGAAUACACCAAAUAUUUUAUUGAAUCAUCUGUAAUUCAUGAAUAAAUAAAAAAAAAAAAAUCACACUGUUCAA